UGAAGAUCUCAAUUUCUUGUGUUGAUUUUGCCUCCUAUUUUGGAUGCAUCUCUCUCCGAUUCAUUCUCGCAAGUCGAAAUCGCACAAUUCCUUCCAUUUGCCAAGAUGAGUUCCUUUUCGAUCACUCGCAAGAAAACGCCUUUCCAGAAGCACAGAGAAGAGGAGGAAGCCAAGAAGAAGAGGGAGGAAGAUGAAACUGCUCGAUUAUAUGAGGAGUUCGUGGCUUCGUUUCAAGGUGAAAAUGCGCCAGGGUCGAAGGCAUUUGUUCGGGGUGGAACAAUCAAUCCCAAUGAGAAAUUCAAGCCCAAUUCUGAAGGUGAAAAGUCGAAAGAUGGGGUAUCUGUUCCAAAGAAGGGAAGUAGGUAUGUUCCAUCUUUCAUACCACCUCCUUUGGCAGCCAAGGGAAAGGAAAUUGAGAAGAAGAAGGAGGAGGAGAGGCCAAAAGAGAAAGAGAAGGGAAAGUCUCGGAACAUUGAUCAUUUUAUGGAGGAAUUGAAGCAUGAACAAGAAAUGAGGGAGAGGAGAAAUCAAGAGCGAGAACAUUGGCCUGACGGGUAUCAUAGUGACAAUGCACCAUCGAGUCGCUUUGAUGAACUGCCUGAUGAUUUCGAUCCUAGUGGAAAACUGCCUGGAUCAUUUGAUGAUGGUGAUCCUCAAACAACAAAUCUUUAUGUUGGAAAUCUCUCACCAAAGGUGGAUGAAAAUUUUCUUCUUCGGACUUUUGGAAGAUUUGGGCCUAUUGCUAGUGUGAAGAUAAUGUGGCCUAGGACAGAGGAAGAGCGAAGGCGGCAAAGAAAUUGUGGUUUUGUAGCUUUCAUGAAUAGAGCUGAUGGACAAGCUGCAAAGGAUGAAAUGCAAGGAGUUGUUGUAUAUGAAUAUGAGUUGAAAAUUGGAUGGGGUAAAUCUGUUUCUCUUCCAUCACAAGCAUUACCUGCUCCCCCACCUGGACACAUGGCUAUCCGGAGUAAGGAGGGUAGUUCUGUAAUCUUAUCUGGUCCUUCGGGCCCACCAGUCACAUCUGUUCCAAAUCAGAACUCUGAACUGGUUCUUACUCCAAAUGUUCCAGAUAUAAUGGUUAUUCCCCCUGAUGAUGACCAUCUUCGCCAUGUGAUCGAUACAAUGGCUCUUUAUGUUCUUGAUGGUGGAUGUGCCUUUGAACAAGCUGUUAUGAAGAGGGGUCGUGGCAAUCCUCUAUUCAGUUUUUUAUUUGAGCUUGGCUCAAAGGAACAUACUUACUAUGUCUGGAGACUAUAUUCCUUCGCUCAGGGUGAUACUCUUCAAAGGUGGCGAACAGAGCCUUUUAUCAUGAUAACUGGUAGUGGAAGAUGGUUACCACCUCCUCUGCCAAUUACAAAAAGUCAGGAGCAUGAAAAGGAGUCCACUGCCACAUAUGCUGCAGGAAGAAGCAGGCGGCUGGAGCCAGAACGAACACUUACUGAUCCUCAAAGAGAUGAAUUUGAAGACAUGCUACGGGCCUUGACAUUGGAGAGGAGUCAGAUUAAAGAAGCUAUGGGCUUUUCAUUGGAUAAUGCUGAUGCUGCUGGAGAGAUAGUUGAAGUUUUGACAGAGUCCUUGACACUUAAAGAGACCCCAAUUCCAACUAAAGUUGCAAGGCUUAUGCUCGUCUCUGACAUUCUUCAUAACAGCAGCGCUACUGUUAAAAAUGCAUCUGCAUACCGUACCAAAUUUGAAGCAACAUUGCCUGAUAUAAUGGAGAGCUUUAAUGAUUUAUACCGCAGUGUGACAGGAAGGAUCACGGCUGAGGCCCUUAAGGAAAGGGUUCUGAAAGUGUUGCAAGUAUGGUCAGACUGGUUUCUUUUUUCAGAUGCAUAUGUUAAUGGACUGCGAGCUACCUUUCUUCGAUCGGGAAACUCUGGUGUGGCCCCAUUCCAUUCCAUAUGUGGUAAUGCACCAGAAAUUGAAAAGAAAAUUAAUUCAGAAGAUGCAGUUGAUGGGAUUAAGGCCAAUCAAGAUGCUGCUUUGGCAAUGGGAAAAGGUGAAGCUAUGAGGGAGUUGAUGGAUCUCCCACUUGCUGAGCUUGAAAGACGUUGUAGACAUAAUGGGCUGUCUCUUGUUGGUGGUAGAGAAAUAAUGGUUGCACGACUCAUAAGUUUGGAAGAUGCAGAAAAACAAAGGAAUUAUGAACUAGAUGAUGAGUUGAAGCUCCGAUCUAGUUCUAGUAGGCAUCUUAGUGGUCAUAGAGAUGCAAAUGCUGAACCAGAGUCUUUGGGGUUGUCUGAAUGGACUCGUUAUAGAGAGGACGAGAUCCAUUCAGAACGAAAAGUGUCUGUACCUCUGGCUGAAACCUUUCCAGUCCCACAUCCUGAACUAAAAGCAUUCACAAAGAAAGAUAAAAUUGAUCCUGUUUUGCCAGCCUCUAAAUGGGCUAGAGAGGAUCAUGACAGCGAUGACGAAGAAAAUAGAAGCACUCGGUUGUCUUCUGGAAGUGAGAAUGCUGGUGAUGACCCUAGUAAAGCUGAUGAAUUGGAAUUUGGAACUCGUGUGAAUACUCCAGCUUCAUCAGAAAGUGCAAUCAAUGAAGAGCAGAGGCAAAAGUUGAGACGCCUAGAGGUUGCUUUGAUAGAAUAUCGAGAAUCUCUUGAGGAGUGGGGAAUUAAAAAUGCUGAAGAUAUUGAGAGAAGGGUUACUGUUCACCGAAAACGGCUAGAAUCUGAAUAUGGUUUAUCAGAUUCCGGUGAUGGUAAAUUUGCAAGAAAUAGGAGAGAUGGGCGGGAUGGUGCACUUGACUCUGCAAGAAAGCGGCAUCACAGUGAAAGCCGAAGUGAGAGCCCUCCUUUGAAAUCAUCAGACAGAAAGAGGGAUAGUGAAAACAGUUCAGAAAAGGAGCAAGAAAGGCACAGGGACAGGGGUAGGGAUAGGGAUAGAGGUAGAAGUCAUGAUCCGGAAAGUGAAAGGGGGAGAGACAGGGAGCGAGCUUAUCUUGACAAAAGUGGAAGCAGGGAAAGGGAUGAGCAUGGCAGGGAUAGAGGCAGAGAGAGGGAUAGGAGAAGGCGAAUAAAUUGACAUGUUUUAAGUUUGUGGCAUCAAUUGUUUAGUGGUCAGUCUUUUUGUGGGUUGUGAUCUGAUCUGGUAUGAGUAGGAUGAGUCUGAGACCUGUGGAUGACUUGUUUUGUGUUGGAGACUGCACUGUACUCCACUCCGUAUCUCAGAAGUUGGUUCCAAACAAUGGUGAGAUGCACAAGUUCCAUAUGUCUGUUGGCUGACAACAAACCCCAUUACAUGAAACCUGGCUCUGCUUGAACCCGUAAUUUGUUUUUGAAAAGAUUUCUUUGCUUUUUGAAAUGUCAUGGCUCACUUUGGUUAUUUGAUUUUGCAUUUUGCAAAAA